AAAAAAAAAAUUGUAUUUAUGGAAAAACUCCCCGAAAAUAAGCGCCGUUUACUCAAGGAGGGGUGAACUCUGAACCAGGCGAGCUCGCAGCAAACCAAAAAUGGAGAAGAAGCGCUGCAGUUUCUGGCUUCCCAAAAAGAAUCGAUUUUGUGCUAACACCCUUCUCAACGAGUCCUUGUUCUGCGGUAACCACACUCCCAGGUCCGACGACCAGUGGAUCCCAUGCCCUAUAGACCCUUCCCACUCCGUACUCAAAGAAAAUCUUGAAAGCCAUGUAAAGAGAUGCCCAUACAUGAAACAAGUUCAGUCCUUGACUGUCCAAGCCUUCUACCAAAAAGGUAUAAAUUCUGGCACAGAAGGAUCCACAGAAGAGGACCGAACAAUCACAGCUUCAAAUGGAAACUUAGCAUUGCCUGAUGAUAAGCUAGAUUCUGGUGUUGCCGAACAUGUUACUUCAGAGCUUAAGAGGAAUGCUGUUCAUAGCUUGAGCGUAUCUCAAUUUUGCAAACUAAUUGAGAAGAUUGAGUGUAUUCAUGAGUCGGUUUGUAAGGACAUUCGGGACUCGUACAAAAUCCCUGAAGCUUGUGAAAAGUGGAUUAAAAGAGAAUUUGAUGGGAAAUUGCCAUUUCAAGAAAAGCAUGUUGCGCAACAGGCUUCGAUUCUUGGUAACUUGGAAGAAGUUGGAAUAUUGAAGUGUUCUAAUGGGAGUGAGAGGUGUGAGCUUGAAGGGUCUUUAGGUGAUAGCAGCAUUGUCCCUGCAGUGGUUGAGUUUGGAGCUGGUAGAGGGUACUUGACACAAAUGCUGGCUGAUUGUUACGGUAUUGAAAAGGUGUUUUUGGUGGAGAGAAAGUCAUACAAGCUUAAGGCUGAUCGAUCCUUGCGACAGAAAGAGAAGUUGAUAUUAGAGCGUUUGAGAAUUGACAUUGAAGAUUUAAACUUGAGUGCUGUUGAGUCUCUAAGGGGGUUUCCAUACCUGGCCAUUGGUAAACAUCUUUGUGGACCUGCAACAGAUUUGACCCUUAGAUGUUGCCUUGCGGAGAACUUUAACCAAGAAACCGUAGCAGGGUUUACUGUGGACCCGAAACUGAGAGGCUUAGCUAUAGCUACAUGUUGCCAUCAUCUUUGCCAGUGGAAAAACUACAUAAAUAAGAAGUACUUUUCAAAUUUGGGGAUCACAAAGGAAGUAUUCCAUGCAAUUACAUGGUUUACCAGUUGGGCAGUCGAUGCUGAUCAUGGUUCAGAUCUUGCUGAUGUAACUAACUACAAUUUCCAGCCACAAUCCAUGGGAACUAAUUUUAGUGGGAAUAAGGGAGUCGAAGAAAUGACAAGGAAUAUGAAAGCAGUUGAAAGAGCGGUACUCGGGUUUAAGUGCAAACAAAUUAUUGACAUGGGUAGGAUGAUGUGGUUGAAGGAACGCGGAUUAGAAACUCAGUUUGUCAAAUACGUUCCAUCUACCAUCUCUCCAGAAAAUCAUCUACUUGUUGCAGGAUGCAUCGAUGGUAUGUUGUGAGAUUUUUUCAUUGUACCCUUAUCAGGGGAAGAUUUUGAAUUUGAUUGGAGUUCAAAAAAUUUACGGAAUAGUAUUCUACAACUGUGGAGCUUGAGAUAGAAGAGUAGAGUAUGGCAUUUUGAGGUUGUAAAAUGUUCAAAUUACAUCUUAAAAUGUUCAUUUUGAUUUUGAUUGGAGUUCAUUUUGAUUUGAGAGCUUA